AUGUUGCAGAAUUUUUUAUGUUACACCUGUAAGGAGUAUGUAGAAGACCUGGCAAAAGUCCCCAAGACGUUUUUGCAAGAAGCAAAUGUGAGGCUUAUAGUUAUUGGACAGUCGUCUUAUCAUCACAUCAAGCCCUUUUGCAGUUUAACUGGGUAUACACAUGAAAUGUAUGUAGAUCCACAAAGGGAAAUUUAUAAAACGCUUGGCAUGAAAAGAGGUGAAGGUAAUAACGCAUCAGUGCGGAGCCCUCAUGUGAAAUCAAACACACUCCUGGGGAGCAUUAGGAGUAUGUGGAGAGCAAUGACUGGCCCGGCUUUUGAUUUUCAAGGAGACCCCGCUCAGCAGGGAGGAGCUUUGAUUUUAGGCCCAGGCAAUGAAGUUCAUUUUUUGCACCUUGAUAAAAACAGGCUGGAUCAUGUUCCCAUUAACACAGUUCUGCAGCUGGCAGGAGUUCAAACAGUAAAUUUCACAAACAAACCCCAGAUUAUUGACAUAUGA